CUAUCAGCGCCGCUUUCGUCACGACGCCUGUGUCUUUUAAGAGCUGGUGUUGCAACAACGAGUCAUUCGCUUAAACUGUAACAACGACGAUAUCACAACAGAGAAACAUGGAGAAAAUACAUGAGCGCAUUUGACGAAGGAGAUCGAAAAAAAUGGCACACACUUGCCGGAAAAUGAAGCGACAGCACAUCGACGCCUAUCUGUCACUGACAAAUACGCGAAAUCUGUUUGUUUUCGACGAGGAAUAUCAGAAUACGUGAGGGGUUUUUUUGUAACAUCACCGCCACAAGCCGAGAGGAGAGAAGCAAAAAUGGCUACGAUUGUUGGUCCCGAUAAAGGUUCUGAGCGGGCGGCGAUGGAGAGGUUCGGUAGCGGAGGAAUGGCGCUUCUUCCCUGGACUAAACAGAUACUCACCGUACUGUGGGAACAGCUUCGGUUGCUGGUUCAGGUCAUUUACUACUCUUUCAUGUCAGUUUUCCAGAUGUUCAGGUUUGAGGUUCACGUAAGAAUCACGGACGAGACAGGUCAACACAUCCAGCACAUGACCACAGCAGCAAACCCAACCGAAUCUUUCCUGUUCUCCUCGUUGUUUGACGGAGACAACGGCGUGAUGGUUGGAGGUUCAAAUCCCCUCUCUAACUUCUGUGCGGAUGUCGGCGACCCCUUUGCUGGGAAAUCCACUGCUGAGGCCCUGCUGUCCAGUCUUCGUGCUGAUGAUCUGUGCUGCGGACUAGUGGAUGAUUUUGUGUCCAGAACAACUGGCAAAGAAGACGGCAUCUUUCUUGGACACCAAUCCAGUUGGAAAAUGGGGUUCCCAGGCGAAUGGAACAUCUUUGUAUCAAGUAACGACAGCUCCAGUUCAAGUGACGCCUGCCAUAAAAGUAGCGAAAGAGGCUUCAAACAGGAUAUUUCAAAAGAAAACAUUUUCAAACAGGACACUUCAGAAGAGGAGAGAAGCUCUCACUGGAGCAGCGAGGAAGACCCAAAUGUGGUAGAAUUUGACAGUGAGGAAAGUAAAGCGCUUUGGGAGUCUCUGUCAAAAUCUAGUGAUCCUUACAACCCCUUCUUUUUUUCUGCAAGCAUUUCAACAAAGACAAACAUGGGGAGAAGUAAAAGCGAAACAAGGGACAGCAGUGAUACUGACUUAAUGUCAGUGAGCAAGACCAGCGAGGAGAUGUUGGGGCCUCGAGGCCUGAAUAUCUGGGUCAGUCGCUCUGACAGCGAAAGCAGUUGGAGCAGCUGGGCCAGUUCUGAUGGUUCGAGCCCCGACAUCGACGAAGAGAGUGAAAGACUCUUGGAGUUUUUCAGCAGUCCUGACCCCUACAAUCCCAUGUGCUUUACUGCAUGUACAGUUAGCAGCACAACACCUCAAAACACCACCACACUCUCCAAACAACAGGCCCCACUUCCUGCACCUCCUUCCAAGUUGGACACAGACACAGAGGAGGAUGACGAAGAGGAGCAGCUGUGGAAAUCUCUCUGCACAACGGAUGACCCGUACCACCCUCUCAACUUCCAGGUCUGCCUCCGGAGCUCUCAAACAACAACACCCAAAUCUGGAAAAGAUCAAGACACCCUUGAUGUUCACCACACAAAAAGAUCACCUACCAAGGGCAAGAAAUGUGAAAAGGGGGCAAAAAUUCCCAGAAGAUCCAAAGUCACCAAGCCCACUCUGCCAGAGAGACAUUUAAAGAGUCACUCCCAUCCAGACAAAACCCUGGUGCCCUGGAGAAGACCAGGACACACACAAGACAAGAGGGAAAGCAAGGACAGCACCACACAGAAAAAGGUGCGCUUUUCUCCUCUGGUUCAAGUCCAUGUUAUGCGGACCUGGCCAUUUGCUCGACAGGCAUCUCGUAAAGGACACUGGGAACAAAUGGCGCGAGAUCGGGACCGCUUCAAGCGGCGGAUCCAGGAAACAGAGCAGGCCAUUGGCCACUGCUUUACCCAGCCCCACAGAGAGAGGAUGCGGGCGUAUCUGGAUGGUGCCUUCAAAUAAAAGUCCUGAACACUGAAUGUUUAAUUUCCUUUUUGGAUGAGAAAUUGUGAUUGGUUGCAAUGCAACAGUGAUUUUGAUUUAGGCCAAUUAGAAAUUUGAUGUAAGGCCAACUUCAUUGUUCGGUGUCAAGUUGAACAACCUUGUACCUCAAAAGGUUUUAUACAUUGUGUGACUGUUGCACUGACAGACACUUUCUUAUAUUAACCUCAGCAUUGAUGUGUGGAAUGUUGUUUUUGUAUGCCUUAUAUACUAAUGACCUAGUAAUGUAACUUAUUUAUGCCCUAUGGAGCUUGUCAUUUAUUUUUUACCUUUUGGUUUGGACUGUUUUUUAAGUGGUUUUAUAUGUGUGAACAAUCGACAGUGGUGAAUCUAGAAGUUAAAAGUAGAUACAGAUGCUAACAUAAGAAUGCAGAGCUUUACAGUACAAAGUGUUUUGAAAAGUUAUGUUUAAGCAUGAUGAAUACAUAAAAUGUUUUGGUGCACUUUUUAUCUUAUUGUUCAAACAUUUUAGUUCUUGAUAUUUAUGUUGUCUUGUACUUAUUUAUAACACAGAAUAGCCUUUUAGCUCUUGGCAUGAAGAUGGAUGUCUUCAUUAUUAUACUGACUGGAAAUGUUAGAACACUUUGUUCUGUGACUCACUCAGCUUCUCAUGGUACCAUCAUGUAGCCAAAAAUAUUUAAAAAAAAACAAACAUUUGUAGCAAAUUUGUCAUUAGGUGCUUUGUCAAAUCAAUAAAAUUUGUCACAAUGUGUAA